AUGGCAAUCCCUGGAUUGAAAGCGAGAGAACAUGCGCAGGCUCAGGAUGCGACGACACAAAAACCAGGAAGAGAAGAAGAGGCCAUCGAUAACCAGAAAGAGCUUGGGAAUGGCAGUCAACCAGAGCUGAAGCACAGGGAAGAUGACGAAGAAGAGAUAGCAUCUAUCAAAUCAUCGCGAUCCUCUUCACACGCCAGCACGGCAUCACAACACGACGAUGCCUCCCCUAGACCAAACGAGAAAGCUCGUCCCACGACCCUCUCAAGAACGACAUCCGUAUCACCGGACGCUGUCGUUGUCCCUGGUGCCCAGCGCCGUGGGUUGCUCGCACGCUUUACUCUUAUCCCGGAAGUUCAAAACCCAUAUCAUUACACAAAUCGUACGAAAUGGUUUUUAACGUUCAUCGUGGCAGUCUGCGCCAUGGCUGGCCCCAUGGGCUCAGCGAUGGUACUGCCCGUGCUUGAGGAAAUCAGUGUAGCAUUCAAGUCGACGCAUACUGUGACCAACUUGUCUGUCGCUCUGUAUAUGCUCAGCAUGGCAAUCUUCCCGCUGUGGUGGAGUAGUUUCUCCGAACGCCUGGGACGACGGACCAUCUACAUUACGAGUUUCACGCUCUUUGUUGUUUUUGCAGUCCUCUCUGCAAUAUCGACGAAUAUCGCUAUGCUGAUCAUCAUGCGCAUGCUCUCUGGUGGUGCGGCGGCAUCGGUUCAAGCUGUGGGUGCAGGAACUAUUUCGGAUAUCUGGGAGGUGCGCGAACGCGGACGAGCGAUGAGCGUUUUCUAUCUCGGACCUUUGUGUGGCCCUCUAUUUGCACCCAUCAUUGGCGGUGCGAUUGGAUCCGCGCUGGGAUGGAGAAGCACGCAGUGGUUUCUCGUCAUAUACGGCGGCGCAACACUGAUCUUCAUCAUCCUCGCGCUGCCGGAAACCCUCGCGAAAGAGAAGCCCUCUCCCUCAGCAACCGCUGCAGACGACAAGGAAUCACCCCCAGCAUCAACACGCACCUCGCCCGUCCAAAAGGCAAAGAUGCUAUUCGCACACUCCCGCCAGAUCUUCCUCGACCCCCUCAAAAUCAUAACAUGGCUCCGCUACCCAGCCGUCGCCACAACCGUCUACUACGCCAGCAUAACCUUCGGCUGCCUCUACAUCCUCAACAUCUCCAUCCAAUCCACCUUCGCCGCCGCACCCUACAACUUCUCUACUCUCAUCAUCGGCCUGCUGUACAUCCCCAACUCCUUCGGCUACUUGCUCGCGAGCAUGUUCGGCGGGAGAUGGAUCGACAGAAUCAUGCACCGGGAAGCGCGCAAAGCAGGGCGCUUCGACGACAAGGGCAAGCUAAUCUUCCAGCCCGAAGACCGCAUGAAGGAGAACGCCUGGAUUGCCGCUGUGCUGUGGCCCGGCGCGCUGAUAUGGUACGGGUGGACGGCUGAAAAGGGUGUGCUUUGGAUUGUGCCCAUGAUCGCAAACUUUUUCUUCGGCAUAGGCUCCAUGUUGAUCUUCGGUCUCGUCACCACCAUGCUCACCGAACUCAUGCCCAAACGCGCCGCGUCAGCUAUUGCACUGAACAAUUUCGUUCGCAAUAUUUUCUCGUUUACCGGCGCGCUGGUCGCGGAUCCGAUUCUGAGCGCUAUCGGGAAUGGCUGGCUCAUGACGAUUCUGGGCAUUUGGAGUUUAGUCACGGGGUUCAUGGCGUUGGGCGCCAUGAAGAGGUGGGGUGAGAAAUGGAGGGUGGCCCUGGAUGAGGGUAUGGGGACAGAUUGA